AUGGCCGAAGAGGACAUGUCGACAAUUCUCGAAGAAAUGCUUCAUGUGCAUCUUAGCAUACUUCGUGGCGAGGCUUUUCCCGCUCAAUGGUUGAGCGUGCAUAUCUUCCACCACAAAUCUACUAUGAGGACAUUGGAAUACAUUGCGAGUAUACUUCUCGAAUAUUUCUUACCUGAGCCCGAAGAUGCUGAGAACUACAACACCGAAUUAUGGAAGAUUUUUUUCACGACGCUGUUGACACUUGUGGGAAGCGAUGCUCUCGCGCUUGAGACAUUUCCUGAGCAGAAACGUCGCGCUGUCUGGAAAAUAGCCGGCGACGUCCGAGAAACUGGUGCGGAGCUGUUGAGACAGACCUGGGGGGCAAUUGGGUGGGAAACGAGUCUCGAAGAGCAAGGAAAAUACAACCUCAAAAGAAUGGGUGGCUAUCAAGUGCAAUAUGUGCCUGGUCUCGUUGGGCCAAUUGUCGAGCUUUGCUUGAGUGUACACGAGGGUCUGCGACGUGUAGCAGUCGAAGUCCUGCAGACGAUGAUCAUCAGUGAAUGGACGCUGAGCGAAGAUUUGUCUGUCAUCCAGACCGAGAUGAUUGACUGUCUAGACCGUCUGUUCAAGUCCAAACCAUUGACAGAAAGUGUUCUGCAGAAGCUGUUUAUCAAUGAUCUACAGAACCUGUGCGAUCCAUUGGCAAGCGCUGGGGAAGAAGAGCUUCAUAACUCACUCAGAGAACUUAUUUCCACCAUAGACGAGUUCUUGGAUCUGCUUGUAGCUGUGCACAGUACAGACAAUGCUGGCGAGGCUUCCCAGAUGAUCCAUCGCUUGCGUCUCAUGGAGUUUCUACGAGACAUGCAAAAAGAAGAGAUCUUUGUUCGAUAUGUUCAUCAACUGGCCCAGCUUCAAGCCGACGCGCGCAACUUUACGGAAGCUGGACUUGCGCUUCGUCUUCAUGCUGACCUGUACGAGUGGGACCCUACAAAGAUUGUUACCGCGUUAGUCGACCCCGACUUCCCAACUCAAUCGCAGUUUGACCGCAAGGAGCGCAUUUACUUCGACAUAAUCAAGCAUUUCGAGGACGGUGAAGCUUGGAGCUGUGCACUUUCUACGUACCAAGAACUGCAACAGCAAUACCAGGAAAAUGUUUACGACUUCCCAAAGCUUGCUCGAACCCAGCGUGCCAUUGCCACAAUCUACGAGAAAAUAUCGAAAACUGAGAAACUCGUUCCCAAGUAUUUCCGCGUCACGUACAAAGGAAUGGGGUUCCCGGGCAGUUUACGGGACAAGGAAUUCGUCUUCGAAGGUUCGCCCACCGAACGAACGUCUGCUUUCACGGAUCGCAUGCAGGAGCAACACCCUUCGGCGCAGAUCGUUACCGCUGGCGAUGUGGAAGAUGUCGAAGGUCAAUUUCUUCAGAUCUCGGCUCUCAGUCCCCAUCGUGACUUGGACAAUCAUGUCUUUCAGCGGGCUCGCGUGCCUCAAAACAUUCGCGAUUAUCUGCUCGCUGCUCAUCCUCAGCUGUUCUCUGUUACUUCAAAGCGCAACACUUCUGGUCCAGUCAACGAACACUCUGCGGAAAAGAUCAUUUAUGCAACGGCGGAAGCGUUUCCUACUAUCCUCCGACGGAGCGAAAUCGUCGCCAUUGAUCGCGUGACGCUCACCCCCCUACAAACCGCCCUUGAACGUAUCGUACGCAAGACGCAAGAAAUGUCUGUCGUUGAAAAACGCGUCGCUGAUGGUGAAGAAGACAUGGCUCCGCUUCUGGUCGAUGCUUUGAACAUCUCAGUCAAUCCAAACUCAGACACCAGUGUUGCGCAAUACCGGGAGCUACUCCCAACAAAUAUCGAUGGCGAGGAAGUCGAAGAAGUGGAACUGUCGCCGCUCGAGAAUGCUCUUAAAAUUGCCCUGAUCGACCAUGCUGUGAUGAUCAAGCGUUGUCUCGCUAUGUUUGCUAGACCUCUCCCAAAGCCACAAGUUCCACGUCAAAAUAAAGAGGAACUUGCACAGAGUAGCUACCCCUCAAUUUUUUCCCCUCCAAAACUCUAUCCUAGUAUUCAGGGCAGCAUUCUAAAAUCAAAUGCAGAUUUCGAAGCUACGUUCGCGCCUGAGCUUGCCUCUUUUACUUUCCCACAGUCGCAACCGCAGACACAGCGGGAAUCUACCCCUACUCCAUCAUGGGCACUAUCAAGUCCUUCCCUGAAUGGACGACGGGAGAGUUUACGAAUGCUGCCGCAAAGCAAUACCAACGGUACUCUCGCGACACAAGACACGGGCAAUUCCCUCGACUCGCAGCGACAGGGUAGAAAUCGGCUUAGCUUUCUCAAGAGGGCCCCGCCAUCCUUGAGCGAACAGUUGCCCAACCCACUGAGGUCACAGCCGCCAGAUCAGGCUAUGGUUCAAGCAUUAGCGUUGAGUAAUGGAAAUGGGAACAGUGCAAAAGGUUUACCUGCAAACGAGAUAUCCAUAGAGGAGUCUUUCGAAAGCAACCGAUCACGGUCGAAGGAAAACAGAAAGUCAUUCUUCAGCGGUUCAAGCGUGACCAACGGAACAGGACGCGGCAGAGAGCGAGACAACACACUUGAAAGGGUGAUGAACCAAGCGCUGAGCGAAGAUGGCGAAUGGCUCACCUCUUCCGACCUCACAGCUGCAAGCAACACCCGAUCACGAAGCGGAGGCGCCGAUUCGAGAAGAAGUACCAGCUCUCAACGACCCGAUACCUCAAGCGUUGGAAGCAAAGUCGGCAGUGUUCGAAAACGAUUGAGUCUACUCAAACUCGGAAAGAAAUCAAGCAAAGCUAAUGUCUUGGUCAGUACGGUGACGGAAGAAGAUUGA